AUGUCCAACCCGGAUCCGCCGCGGCGGCGCUUCGUCCCUGUUCCGAUCGAAACGUCGUUUCAGUCUUAUCGUAAGAACGUCUACGACUACACGUCGCAGCACAGGAUAGGGCCCAAUCCAGAGUUGACCCCGGAGCCAUCACCGCGAUCUCCCGAGGCGCAAUUCAAUCUCGGAGCGGCGCAGGACAACAGCGAGCCGCAUGAGAGGCGGCGCUUUGCCCCUCAGCUGAUUGAGACGUCCAGACGGUCAAGAAGAGUUGGCGAACAAGGGCCCGCCACCAAGCCUGCGGACAAGACAGACAUUACACCCUAUACAAACCACAUUUAUUCUGCGAAAUCGAAAUCAAAUCGAAGACAACAGGGACACGCCGGUGGCGAGGAAGAAAUUCAGCGCCAUGUCCAAAAACGCCCAUCGCCGCCCACGCGGCGGGAGACAGAGGAAGAGGGAGUCCAGGAAUAUCUCUUGGAGCUGGCAGCAAAAGAAGUCGCGCGGCAGAUAGAAGAGGUCGCCCUUGCAGCUUUCCCCAACAGCCGCCCCCGCGAAGGUGGCGUGGCCCAUUUCUACUUUCGGGAGGGCUCAUCUGACAGCGAGAACUCUCCCGAAGCCUCUCCCCCGGAUGAGGACGCCGGCCAGCAUAGGCUCAGGCGUAAAUCGUCGAACCUAGGGCUGAAUUGGUGGCACAAGCAUAUGCAGGAGCAUGCGCUGCGCCUGGAGCAGGAGCGAGGAGGAGAUCGGAUGGAUGUGGACAAUGAAGAGGCUGUCGUCAUGGAGGAGGAGGAGGAUAAGGAUAAGGCUGCUGCUGCUGCUCCUGUCGCUGCUGCAGCAGACAGCCCCAUCAUCCGGUCUGACUCUGAUCUGGACAAGAUGGAGCUGCCGUCCCCUCCCGAUCUCAUGUGGACAACCACCAAGCCACUCUCGCCUACCGAUGACCGGCGAGAUUCGGCGGCUGAGAUGCAGCUGGCGCUGGCAGAGGCCAAUCGCCAUGCAGCCCAAGCGCAAACCUCAUCCGCUCAGGCGGUUCCUCCAGCCCAUGGCCAAGGCGCGCCGGGCGAGCCCCACCCUCCCGUUUCUCAGCAGGUCCCCGGCCGCCAGGAACCCAGUGCCAGUCCCUUCGGCAGGCCGUUUGGCGCUUUCCGACUUCCGCCCGAUCAGGACCCUAAGCUUCUUAAGUUGCGCCAGGGCCCCUCCCCUCCUAUGCUCGGCAAGGACCUCGUCUUUCGACGAUGCCCCUCUCCCAAGUUCACCACGCUCGAGCCCGAAGACCCCCUUGAGGCGCACAUGAUUGAGGACCAAGCUCGGGAUCUGCCGGGCCAGGCCGGGCUUUGGAGGGGGUACUGCUGCAGGUCGGAAUCAACCGGAGGCUUCAUCGUGCCCCCCGAGUUGCACAACCCCAAGAUGAUUGAGACGCCCAUUACCGCAAACUUUCCCGGCCAUGAUGUCGUCGACGCCAGCGUACUCAGCGAGGAGCCCGUCUCAAUCUUCUCGCAUUCUGGAUAUGCGUCGUCCGGCCUGACCUCGAGCAAUAGCGGCGGUCUUUGGGGCGGCGCAACUCACCAGCACGCCAACGGCGGUGCAGAAGAGUUGAGCGGUCUGAAGGAGCGGCUCCAGAGAGAAAAGGCCAAUGCCGAGCGAGACGACAAGAUCUUGCAAGAGUUUGACGGGGGCUUUGUCACGCAAGUGUACAACUACCUGUCGCUAGGCUAUCCCGCCAUGGCGCGCGGCUUUGAUGAAGAGCUCUCUCGAAUCAGCCAUAUCGGCAUCGAUCAGCUGCGAAGGGACGACGCGAAGCAAAUGGCCAAGGGCCACAUGGUGGAGGUGAGGGUGGACGAGUCCGCCCCUGAGGAGGAGAGAUGCCCGAGAUGGGUGGCGCUACGAUCCUACAUUACCGAGUGGGCGAGACAGCACCCAGAUCUGGACAAUCUCGACCCAUUGGCCUGGGGUGUGCGCGAGAGGAGAGGCAGUUGGGCCAUCUAA